ACUCAUCGAAACGGCUAACUACAAUAUGAAAUCUGUUUUCAAUUUUUUAUUUCUUCAAUGUGUUGUUGUUCACAGUAUCUUGUGGAUAUGUAUUGUCGAGAUGCAGAACGCAACUUUCCGAUCUUUAACCUUUGUCCAUUUUCCUGAAGCAGACGACAGAGAACCGUUGUCGGGAAUUCUACAUGACCGCGGGAAUGGCGUAAGUUUAGAAGGAUGUGGUGUUUUGUGCUUGUCCAGCGCUCAGUGCUUUUCGUUUUUCCAUAACCCAAUACAAGAAAGAUGUAUUUUAACAUCAAUCAUAAACGUAAUGUCCUUUCGUCAGACAGCAGGAUUUUCCCAGUUUAUAACUAACAAAUGCGUUCAUUCAAAAGCUGGAUGGGAAUACAUCGGAAAUUGCCGCACUACAAAAUAUGGACUAGAGUGCCAACGAUGGGACCAACAGAACCCUCACACCCAUACUUACCAAAGCUUGGGUAACCAGAAGAACUUCUGUAGAAAUCUAGCCAAUGAUAAAGAGGAGGAGGCUGGUCCCUGGUGUUUCACCGUGGACCCCGGCACACGUUGGCAGUCGUGUGGUAUUCCUCUCUGCUAUGAUUUUUCAAGAAGCUGCAAGAAAACGGCAAACGGAGUGGAUUACUAUGGGAGAACCAAUGUGACCAAAUCAGGGAGUCCCUGCAAUUACUGGGCGGAUACCUCCCAACAAAACCACACCUACACGUUUCUGGACGACCAGUUCAACUACUGUAGAAACCCAUUUGGUGAAUACAGUGACCCAUGGUGUUAUUCCGGUACAUCCUGAGAUUACUGUGACAUACCGAUGUGUAAUUGAUAACACGUUACUUGUUAUUUGUACCAUUUAAAACAUAGUUUAUUAAUUUUACAAAAUAUUACAAUAAAAGGAAGAACUUUAUGGGAGAGUUUUCUUCAUAAUAUCAUAUAAAGUUUAAUUUACGUUAGUAUGUGUCAUUUAUUCAUUUAAUUGAGAGUUCAAAUUUGGCUUUAAUUGAUCUUGAUUUUUAAUUGUUAUUUGGUUUCUUUUUGAUGCGAAAUUUGUAGAUAAAAAAAAUUAAAAUGUUAAAAGUUCGACCCAGAGAUGACUAAAUAUGUACUUUUUCAAAAAAAUAUUCUGCCAUGAUAAUAAACAAAGACCAUAGAUAUGACAAAGUUGUUUUAAAUGCUACGUUAAACCACGAGUUAUAAUAAAGCCUUGCAUGGCUCACUGGUUCCGCCCUGCACUACUGAAUAUAGACACGUAUUGUUUUGGGUUCAAAUCCU